AAGAUAAAAAUAAUUCCUAUCCACGAGGAAGUAUAGGUUAGGUCAGAAUGUCAGAGAAAACACCACUACUGAGGUAAAAAUGUUGGGUUUAACAGAUCUUUUUUAAUUUACUUUUAAAUCCAAUCAUUAUUCUUUACAAACUUUUUCAGUUGAAAUAGUGGUAUUUGCGUCAUAAAUAUGCAUGCCAAAAGACUGUUAUUGUUUCUUUUUUCCUGCACUUUAAAUGAUGUUUUUGAUUUAUCUGUGACUUGUGGAACACGGUGGUGUAUUGGCACACAUUAAUUCCAUUGUAAAGUCAGCACUCUAAACAUUCCAUCAUCUUACUAGGAUGGGCAUUUAUAAGUUCAGUGAUUUCAGAAUGUUGUGCAAUAUUCAUGGUUGGUUGCACUUUAUGACACUUGACCCCAAAAUCGUCAGUCUAAAAAUUGGAAAAACCCAUCUUGUGAAGGUAUAGCAGUGUUCAGAGGCAUAAUUAGGUCGCACUGUUUGAAAGUACUUGAUUUCAAUGGCAGCAUCAGGCGUUCAUAAAUAUACAAAUCUGAAGAACGAGAGUGCCACAUUAAGUGGUCAAGGAGGAUAUGGAGCUCCACCCCCUCAGGGAGGGUAUCCGGGGGGAUACCCAGGUGGGCCACCAGCAGGGGGAUAUCCUGGAGCGGGGCAGCCACAAGGGGGUUAUCCUGGGGGUGGUCAACCACCUCCAGCAGGGGGAUACCCAGGAGCACCACCAGCGGGAGGAUACCAAGGGGGACCACCAGCGGGAGGUUACCCAGGAGCACCACCAGCAGGGGGAUAUCCAGGAGCACCACCAGCAGGGGCAUACCAAGGGGGAGGUCAGCCACCACCUGCUGGGGCCUACCCACCACAAGGCGGAGCACCCCCACCGGCAGGCUCUGUUCCCAAGUACUCGGGGGAGAUGCCAGAUGACGAUGUCAUGGAUGAUCCUAACCGAGCCGAGACACAACCUACAGCGCCACCUAUGGAGAAGAUGGAUCACAUAGGAGGCUACAACAAUGUCGGCUUCAAUGCCAAUGUUCUUCCUCCUCCGAGUUAUGAGGAUGCUACAAAAAUGCAACCACCAACAGAGAGACAGGCAAUCCAAAAUGUCCCAACCAUCACUGAACAAGACGCCAGGGAAGCACUGCUAAGUCAUGUGGCGGAGCACUGCUGUUACGGUAAAGGCGCUGCGGAGGAUCUCAAAUUUCUGGACCUCAAAUCCACGAGUGCGUUUCAUUACACCUUGGAAACCUACGGGGAAGGUAGAUCUACCUCCUGGGCAUAUGAACCAUAUUCAGGUCAACUGAUAGAUGGUCCACAAAAUGGCACUGCCCCAGGGCCCUGGGACAUACAGGCCACACCCCCAACUAUGUUUCAGAAUACAGAGCAAAACUUAGAGGUGCCACACACUGCCUCUGUCAAGCCAUGUCAUGAUUGCUUUUCCUCGGGGUAUGUGAGAUGUCACAGGUGUUUUGGCCGAGGAAGGAUCAGGUGUGUCCAUUGUCAUGGAAGCGGCCAUGUAACUCGUUACCAUGACGGUGAGCACAGACAUGAUCGUUGUCAUUUCUGUCACGGAUGUGGAAGACGAGAGUGCUACACCUGUCACGGGUAUGGUAUGGUGGUUUGCAAGACCUGUAUGGGACACCGAAACCUGAAGUGUUACAUCAAGCUUACCAUCAAAUGGACAAACCAUGUGAAUGACCACAUUGUGGAGCGCACGCCUCUCCCUGACCAUCUGAUCAGAAACGUGUCUGGACAAAUUGCUUUUGAGGAAACUAGUCCAAAGGUUUGGCCAAUUAAUCACUUUCAUGAGCAAGAAAUCAAUCAAGCCUCCGGUCACCUGAUCAGUAGUCAUCAGUUUCCAUCAGAACGCAUGCUAAUGCAGAGACACAGAGUGAGGAUUGUGCCAGUGACUCAAUGCCUGUACAAAUGGAAGGACACCGAGUCGGAUUUCUUUGUGUAUGGAUUCGAACACUGCUGUUACGCACCGAACUAUCCUCAAACCUGUUGCUGCGGAUGUUCCAUCUUGUAACUGGUGGUAUAAGAUUAUUGUGCAGGAGAACAUAUGUUCUUUCAUAAAUGUACAAAGUGCUAGAUUAUUCCGCAAGAGAACAUAUGUUCCUUUAUGAAUGUACAAAGUAGUAGAAGUUUAAUACCUUGUCAUUGUACAUCUACUCCAUUACAUUUAAGUUCUACAUUAUAACAUUUCAUGCAUGCAACUAAAAGGAUAUGUGCAAUAGAUUGAAUGAUGUGAAAGACAACCCCUUCUCUCUCCCCCCCCCCCCCCCCCCCCCCCCCCAUUUCAUUCCUUUUUCUUUUAGCAGAAUUAAGAAAUUUAGCUGUAAUUGAUACUCAUUAUCAUUAUGCUUUAAGAUAGCCAGUGAAUGGAUACCUGUCAUAUAGUACAAGAGAGGGUUUAUUUCCUCAGUUUUCGGAUUCGUUUCCACUUAUUAAGAAUUGACCAACAUAAGUGUCACUUGGUGAUACUUUUCAUUUAUAUACAAGUGAUUCUACUGGGCUUUCAGCUGGAAGACCAAAGUACCACGUCAAUUCACGUAUAAUGUUGUUUCAAAAAUAUUUCUUUUUUUUUUUUUUUUAAAAAGAACUUGUUUUGGUGCCAAUUAUUAGAUAUUCAUUGAAAAUUAUACUGUACCUUGUAGUUGAAAUUUAAUCUGAUUGAUAUAUAGUACUGCAUGUACAUAUUACAUUGUAUGUAAUUGCAGACGAGGUUUGCUUCAACACUUGCGUAACACUAAUACACAAUAUGCAUGUAUGUUGUUGAAAUAAAAUAAACAAGAAUUGUGUACCACACAUUUAUAUAUGACAUACAUGUAUUUGUGUAUUGUGCUUCUAUGUAAAGAAUGUAGUCUGAAGACUUUAUACAUGUAGAUAGAAUUGUGGAGCUGUUAAUGAAAAUUUCAUUUUAGAGACUCUCUUUUAACAUAACUGUUUCUGGGUGAAUUGAAAACCAGGCAAAACCUUCAGCUAGAAAGGUGAACGAACUUGGAGCUGAAAUAAACCCUUAUACAUGGCAUUACCACUGAAUCUAUCUGGAUCUAUACAUUAUACAAUGUUAUGAAGCUCCGCUCAAUCAUUGACUUGCUUUUAUCUGUUUCCUCCAUAUAUUUCUUAUCUACAAGUGCUUGUAUUUGUUUAUGAUGCAUUUACAUCCUUUAUACCCCGAAAGCAUUAUAAGUAUUGUUUGCUUAAUGUUUGAUGUAACUUAUAUAGCAACAGAUUUGUAAGGAUGAGAAAUGUUACCCAGCGCUGAACCUUACAUUUACAUGUUCGUACAGCACCCGAUCUAAAGAUUGAUGUCAAAAUCCAUAUUAAAGCAAUUAUCAUUUGGGCUCAACAAUGUAUAAUUCAGUUCAUUCACACUUUGUUUUUCAUAAAUUUAUCUCACUUUGAUCAGCAACUUCAUGUGCCAUAUAAUGAUAUUGUAUUGAAUAUAGGUGAAUAUCCUACUUCAUCAGCAAGUUUGAUCCUCCACUACAAUCAUUUAGUUUGACCAAUGAAAGUGUUGGCUUAAGAGCUAUGUCUGUUUGGUCUGAAAUGACAGCACCCUCCCUGGCCUGACUUAGUUUAUAUGUAUGUUGCCAACACAGUUGACUGCUAUCUGUUUCAAAAUGACACAAUUAAAGUAUUACCGAAACCAAACUACACUGGAUGGGAUCAAACUUGCUCUGUAUUUGAUGCUAAAAUUAAAAACUUACUUGCCAAUUGUACUUUGUGCUUGCAUAUUGCAUUUAUUUUGAAUGUGUCACUUUUGUACCAAUCACAGCUUUUAAUUUGAUUCCUAUGCAGAGUGUGUACUACUGUUUUGUACAUGCAUCCUCUGGGUAUAGCAGGAAGUUUGGGGACUUUGCUGUUGACAAUGAGAGCAAGCAUCUUACCUGCGUUAUAGAGCCAUUGGCGUUGUUGUAUAUUGUUAAGUUGUACUUUAUAACAGAUUAUUUUUCACUAAUUUUUUCAAAGUUGAGUGUUAUUUUCAUGGUAUUUAAUACAUGUGAAAAGGUUGCAAUAUCUUAGUAGCCAUAAUUUUUGCAUAUUGUGUUAAUAUUUUGUGUUUCAACUUAUCAGUGGCAUGAAACCUAUUAAAACUUUUGAGUAAU